AUGCUCAAGAGUCUAUUGACUCCGUUGAAAACUCGGUUCGAGGAAGCUGUCUCUCUACGGAGCAAUGACACACCUGAUGCGGUGCCCGAGUCCCCGGAGGACUUUGAACGCGAUGCUAGGGCAGAGACCAUGCGGAUGGUAGUCCAAUCGAUAAACGCGGUAGAGGAUGAUACAGCGAGAAUAGACCUUCUGGGUGAAGCCUCAAGACUUAUGCUGAUAGAUCCCGCAACGAAGGAUGUGUUUCGUGAAAUGGACGGAUUUCUUGUGCUCAUCAGUUUUCUGUCAACGAGCGCGUUUUUGCCAAAUUCUGUCAUAUAG